ACCCUAAUUUACAUGUAAACAUUUGAACCAUAACUGAAGAUAAACCAAUAUAGCCUAUAUUCUUUAUUUAGAUAUAUGUUGCAUUCAAGAGUCAAUAGCCUACAGCCAGCACCACCACUAAGUUACUAAUGAUUUAUAAACUGUGAAACAUCAAAACCUCCUCAUUCCAAAACAUAACAGGGUGAUGGUUGAGCUAAAAAAUUGAUUCCACAAUUUGUAGCCUACCAUAAGAACCGUUCUCUGUAAGCUCUGCGCUUUAGGUCCUUGAUUCUCGCCAACUUUCUGUCCCGGGUCCCUGGGGGAGGAAGCUGCAGCCUCACUCGUCUGCUGUGCGGUGGCCCGGACGCCCAAGUGACAAGCCUUGUGGUGCAAUCUACGUGUGUACCAUCCUCGGACUGACAGGGCCGGAGGCCCAAUGAAAUAAUUCGACAUAUUGAGGUUGUCAAAUCAAAGCCGAAGAGGAGGCGCUGUCCCGUCACCAUCUGAAUGACGUCAUACACAAACAGCUGGUCGUUGGCAAAUAUCUGAAAAAAUGUAGACAAGCACAGCGACUGAGAACUGCACCCGGGCUGCAGCCCCUUCACAAGAUCUUUUGCUUUUAACGAUGUGGCAGCUGGAGCGUCUGGGCUGGGGAUGUAGCCCUCCGCGGCUCCUCUUGCUAGUUUACGUCCAUCUCUGCGCUGUUGGAGAUUGCCUUUUUGUGACUGAAUACUUCACCCGCACGCCUCGUAAGCUAAAUGCUUUCAACUCCUUCGCUAGUGUGGAACUGUUUCACUUCAAUGUGCCUGACGACACCAUGAUGGCCGUAUGGAACCUCAUCACCUUCAAAGAGCAAGGAGGCACGUUUGGGGACAGCUGCCCAAACCGCAACGUGACAGUGUACUUCAGGUCUGGAGCUCCUCCAGUAAUCAACCCCCUGUACACCCGCUUCCCCCGGGAUACAGUUGUACCAGGGUCGUUUGCUGUGACGCUGACCUGGACUCUUCCCAACCGCACAACAGGCGCGUUCAACGUGACCAGCCCUCUCCCUGGAGACUGGUUCCUAGCCGCACAUUUACCCAAGGAUGAAGGCAAGAUCUCAGUCAAGGGUCUGUCUGAGGAAUGCCAGUAUUUGUUCCAGCCGCAGCUCAUUGUCCAGAGGCUGAUUGGGAUUUCAGUGCUUUAUCCUGGUUACUUCAUCGACCAGAUGAUACCAGUCCAUAACAGAUCUGCACUUUACAAGGUGUUCAUCCCCAAUUAUAUAUCAAAGGUGAAGGUUCAGCUGGUAAACUGCAGCACCAAGAACAAAAGCAGUGACAGCUGUCCUGUGGUGCUGAAGAUAAGAGCGAGGGCGCCACCGGUGCAUAACUCAAGUGCCCUCGACUGCAGGGAGUGGAGCCCGUGUGAAUUAGUCACCUUCGUUCCUGUCUGGGAGCAAUGGUACUACAUCCUGGUGGAGAGGUAUCUGAGUAACUCUGACGUCUACUUUCGCAUCGGGGUGCAAGUCACAGAUUGCUCCAAGUCUAGUUUGUCAAAGGACAGGACGCAGACAGGCUCCUCCAUGAACAUGCCACAGUCGUUCGGAACAGCGAUGGGUUUCUCCCUGUCUGAGACGCUGCUAAUGGCAGCUCUUCCCGGCCUGUCUCAGAACGCCAGUCACCUCCACACCUCAGAGGACAGCAUCAUUUACCUUGCGCCCACAGCAGACACUAACAAGUGCUGGCCCAUCCGUCCAACCCUGCGCAAUGAGCUGGACACUUUCUCUGUGCACUUCUAUGUCUUCUUUGGUCCAAAUAUUUCAAUUCCACCAGACAGGGCUGCUGUAUUUGCCAUCAACUUGAUCCCUGUUUUAGACAGUGGAGGAGUCCUCAACAUGGAGCUCAAACUAAACAUGUCAACACUUAAAGGAGCCAAUCUCACAGUGUUUGGCUGCCUGAACCAUGGGAUGCCUCUUUUUUUCCAGGAAAACUCUUCUCUCAAUUGUGAAUCAGAGUCAGUGGCGGGAUUUCUCCUCUCUGUGAACAUGUCUGCUAACGUCACCAAGCUGAGAAUUCCCUACCCACAAACAGGCACUUGGUACCUCAGUCUGCGCUCCCUAUGUGCCACCGAACAUGGGUUCGAGUCUUGCACUAAUGUUACUGCAGAGGUGUAUAUGCGCUCCUACCUGACUCCUUGCAUCAAUGACUGUGGGACAUAUGGACAGUGCAAGCUCCUGCGCACCAACAACUACCUUUAUGCUGCGUGUGAAUGCAAAGCAGGCUGGAAUGGGUGGGGAUGCACGGACAACUCGGAAGCCUACUCCUACAGUUUCCAGCUCCUCUCCACUCUCCUGCUCUGUCUCAGUAACCUGAUGUUCGUCCCGCCGGUGGCUAUCGCCAUUCGAAGCCACUACCUGCUGGAGGCUUCGGUGUAUAUCUUCACUAUGUUCUUCUCUACUUUUUACCACGCGUGUGACCAGCCAGGUAUCGUGGUCUUCUGCAUUAUGGAGUAUGAUGUCCUGCAGUUCUGUGACUUCCUUGGGUCACUCAUGUCCGUGUGGGUCACUGUCAUUGCUAUGGCGAGACUAAAGUCUAUCAUCAAACAGGUGCUGUAUCUGCUGGGGGCAAUGUCUUUGUCCAUGGCUUUGCAGUUGGAUCGUCACGGUCUGUGGAACCUGCUGGGACCCAGCCUGUUUGCUCUGGGCAUCAUGGCAGUAGCGUGGACGGUGCGAACUAUCCGUCGCAGGCGUUGCUACCCACCCACCUGGAAGCGCUGGGUGUUCUUCCUCUUCCCAGGCACCAUGAUCGCCACAUCCGCUGUGGCAUUGUACGCCUUUGUGGAGACUGAAGAGAACUACUUCUACAUCCACAGCAUCUGGCACAUGCUGAUUGCGGGGAGCGUGGGUUUCCUCCUGCCCCCUCGAGCCAAGCCCGAUGCCAAGGUGACCCCGCUAAAGCGUAAACGGGGUUGCGGCUAUCAGCUGUGCGUGAAUGAGCAUGAAGAGCUGGGUUUGGUGGAUCCGGCCAUCAUAUCCAUCAACAGCAUCUGCACCAGCUGAUGAACUCCCCACACCUGACCUUUUACCUUAGAGACACAUUGCCUUCUUUUACUUGGAAAAUUCACACACGGGAAAUUAAGCCACAGAACUUAAAAACAGCAAUGUAAAUAAAUCCUGAUGUGACACACAGGAACUUUUUCUGUUGUAAUGGUCAUGGUAAUUACGAUCAGUAUGUAAUUAUUAUUAUCUAUAGUUAAAGUUCUGAUGAAUUGUGGGUGUACAGUGACACACUGUUGUUUGUGAAUAUGUAUUUAAAGUCAAAGCUGAAACACUGCUGCUAUCUGACGGUGACUGUAAAACUGCUUCUGUUGGUUAUUUAUUGUUGGUCUUGUAAGCAGGCCAGUUCCGUUGUUGUAGGGGCACAGGUAAACGGAGGGGGGGAGGGGGCACAGCUAGACAUUCAUCAAGGGCACGGCAUUUCUGAAAUUCUUUUGAGAUAUAUCUUUUGCACUGAGACACAAAAAAUGUUAUUCUGUAAAUUUUUAUAACAAUAUAAACAACCGUGGGAAUCACGUAUGUAAAACCUAGUUGUCAUGUGGAAUGUUAGACUGUCUUUUGCAAAUGCAAUGUAUCACCUUUACACAAAUGUGCUCUUUUUUUUUUCUUUUUUUUUUUUGUGUGUGUGGAAGGAGAAAUCCCAAAGUUCUUAACAGAGAAGAGGGGAGGUAGGAACACUUCAGAGACCUCAAAUCAAGACUUCACCUCCUCAUUCUUCUCUGGCAGGACCUGUGUGAUAUUACAUUCAUGAACAAUAAAUGUUUCUUUCUA